AUGGAAGCAGCUCAUCAACUCGAGGGACAGACCAUCGAUGUUGUCAUCAACAAUGCCGGUAUUAAUCUUCCCUGUGUGCUUGAUACCGGCACAAAGGACGUUUUGAUGCGCCAGUUCGAGGUGAACGCUGUUGGACCUUUCCUCGUAACACGCGCGCUGCUGCCCAAUCUCCAGCUUGCUGUAAAGUUUCGUGGCUUCGCUUUCGUUGUGCAGAUAUCCUCCUACGUAGGGAGCAUCGGGAGUCUCACAAAGAAAACCGCGACUUCGUUGGAGGGUAGUCUGUAUGGGUACGGCACUUCCAAGGCAGCUCUCAACAUGAUCACACGAUCACUUGCAUUUGACCUUCAAUCUAGAAACAUCGUUGUUGUGUCAGUCCACCCUGGGUACGUGGACACGGACAUGACCCAAGGCGAUGCCACGCUCAAGCCAGAGGAGUCCGUGGCUGCCAUGGCUGAUCUCAUAGGUAAGCUAAAUCCUAAGAGCACGGGCAAGUUCUUCAACCUGUACAAGAAGAUCCCCGCUACGACACUACCCUGGUGA